UCUCGCUCUUCACCGUCGUCCUUCGGCGCAUAUGUCCCUCUCCCCAUAAAAUUUGCAUAGAGUGCUGAAUCCCAUCCUAAAUCUUUCUUAAAGUUUUUCCUUUUUUCUUUUCCAGAUAAUUUUUUCCUUAGAUCCGACCAGAGAUGAUGAACCUUGUCAGGAGAUCAGCGAUAUCCAUCAGCAACGGCUCUAAACUGGUUUCGACUCUCCUCUUUCCAUCCGCUGCUGGAAUCCGGAACUCGGCUUUGAUAGGUGCUUUAAAUCCAGGAUUAAAAAAAACAUCUGUCAUUGAUUCUGGUCUCAUGUGUCUGGAUGCGAAUGGAGCUAAUGGGUCAUUAUUUGUUUUCGGAAAACCACAAGCAAGAUGUAUGGAAACUCAUUGGAAGCACAUAAAAUCACCUUGCUUUUCCAGAUCUUUUACGUCACGAGCUUCAAAAGAAUCAAAGCAGCCGCGUGAUAAGGCUAAGAAGGAUGUGACAACGGUAGAGGAUCCUUUUCAUUCUCCUACAUACCACAUCCCAGAGAAGCCGGUGACAUUUACUGAAGGGGCUUCCUACAGCCUUGUUAUUCUUGCUGGGCUUGGAGUUGCUGGAGCUGCUGGGUAUGCUGUGUUCAAAGAGCUCUUAUUUCAACCGAAAGAGUACAAGAUUUUUGACAAAGCCUUGAAGAGAAUUCAAGAUGAUAGUCAGGUAAGGGUAAGGAUUGGGUCCCCCAUCAAAGGUUAUGGACAAGAAAGCAGGAACCGAGCUGCUCGUCAGCGCAUACCCAAUAGAGUUUACACAGAUGAGGAUGGUGUAGAGCAUGUUGAGAUAAAUUUCUACAUCCGGGGGCCACAAGGAGCGGGGAAAGUGUACACGGAGAUGUUUAAAGACAAAGAAGACAACCAAUGGAAGUACACUUACCUGAUCGUGGAGAUUACAUCGCCUACGCCAUCCCGACUUAUGCUGGAAUCUUAUUUGCCCGCUUAGGCGAAAACGUCUUUGAUAAGAUAGAAUCCAUUUUUUGUUUCUUAGUCUUGAGAAAGAAUGGGAAACAAACAAUAGUUGUUUUGUUUCGUGUCCAUGGAAAAUUAGGUACACCCCCCUUCCCCUGAGGAAAAUGCCUGGCACAUUUAUUUAUGGAAAUUCACGUUUUUGUGACACUUGAUUCAUUUGCAUAAUAAUCCAGAAACGGUUUUUGUUUCCA